ACCUCCACAGGCCUCCUCCCCUCCGGUCAACUAACCACCUACAACAAGUUUGACAGCUCAGCUUUUUUUUUUUGAGCUCACACGCAGAACAGCAGCAGCUACAGACAGCUGGACUCUCCUCCACUGGGUUUACUUUUCUCAUUUUUUUCUCUCUCUGUUUUUGUUGUUGUUCGUAUGUGUGCGUCUUGCGUCUCCUGCUGGCUAUGAGGAAUUUCAUGUGUCCGUAGGUUUGGUUACUUUUUUUGUUUGGCGUUGGUGUAGUUUUAGUUUUUUGUAUUUUUUUUCUUUGUUGGUCGUCGUACGGAAUCUAAGUUAAACAUGUCGAGGAGCGCGGAGGAGGUGAACAAGCUCACUGAAAGUACAUAUAAGAGUGUGAUGGAUCAGUUCAACCCAGGAUUGAGGAACCUGGUCAACCUCGGCAAGAACUAUGAGAAAGCAGUGGCUGCAAUGACCCUGGCGGGAAAGUUGUAUUUUGAUGCAAUGUCUAAGAUUGGGGAGAAUGCCGCAGUGUCUCCUGUCUCCAGAGAAUUAGGUGUAGUGCUGAUGGAAAUCUCAGAGGUCCACAGGAAGGUUCAUCUUGAGAUGGAAGAAAAUUUUAAGAGGUUCCACAAGGAGAUAGUGACCGAGCUGGAGAGAAAGACUGACAUGGAUGUCAAAUACAUGACAGCCACAUUUAAGAGGUAUCAGAUGGAGCACAAGAUGAAGCAGGACUCUCUGGAGAGGUCCCAAUCAGACCUGAAGAAGCUGAGGAGAAAGAGCCAAGGCAAGAAUGCCAACAAGUACGAGAACAAGGAGAGCGAGUGCCUGGAAACAUUGACGAGCCGUCAGAUGGACAUGCAGUUGUUUAUCGCAGACGGAUGUAAAGAGGCUCUGCUGGAGGAGAAGAGACGCUUCUGUUUCCUGGUGGACAAACACUGUUUGUUCUCCUACCAGAUCGCUUCCUUCCAUGACAAGGCCAGAGACAUGCUGACGGCAAAGCUGAGCAGCUGGCAGGACCAGUGCAACGAUGCCAUCAACAUGCCCGAUAGCAUCUUGACGAUGAUUGAGGGACUGCGGACGCCAGUCUCCAUCACACCGCUGCCCUCUCCCUCUCCGUCACAGCGCAGCAUGAACAUGGCUGCUCCCCCGGCUCCACCUCUGAAACCUCAGACCAGCCCUUUAGCUAACAUGUUCACCCAGGAGAACAAUGUAACCACCGCUACCAACAACAGCACAGAUCAUGGGAGCAGUGAGGAGAGCAAUCUCCCCAGGUCUGUGUCUGUCGCGACGGGCCUCAACAAUAUAGUGAAGAGGCCUCGUGUGCGCACCAUCUUUCCCCACACUUCUGGAAACAACAGCACACUGCUCAGCUUUGACGAGGGAGAUGUCAUCAUCCUGCUCAUCCCUGACGAGAGAGACGGGUGGAUGUAUGGCGAACUGGAGAAAAGUGGAAAGAGGGGCUGGUUCCCUUCAUCUUACUGCCUUGCACUCACCGAGGCACUUGUGAAUAACAACAGUGUGUCUGUUGCACCAUACCGCAGCAGGAGUGUGGUCAACCUGCACCAUCAGGACACAGAGACAGAUGAAGCGACCAUGGUGCUCCCCCCCGCGGACUACUGUGACACCCCACAGCGCAACAUUAUCAAGAACAACACCUCGUCCACCAGCACCGUCAUCACAAAUAACAACCACCAGCACUCCCCCACACCCUCUGCAGCCUCCUCCUCCUCGUCCGACCACAACACGGCAGUCCAGCCUAAUGGCACCUCAAGACCUCCACCCGCUUACCUCGCGGGAGGGAACCCGUUCGCCACAGUCAGGCUACGUCCAACCGUCACCAAUGACCGCUCCGCACCGGUUAUCUGAUCCGUCCACAUUUUCACCCAUCCUUGAUUCCCACAACUCCUCAUCAAUCUUCCAGUGUCAUUAACCCAGGACAUGCAGCUCUGCCCUGCCUUUACUGUCCAGCAGCUUCUUGUGAUCUGAGUGAAAUCAGACAAACUUGGCCAGCACUGAGAGAAAAAAAUGCCAUUUGAAUCUUGGAUCCCCUUACUGCUGCAAACUCUAAUAUGGAAGUAUUUUGGGACCAUUUUAUUUACAGAACAGAUGCUCAUAUUUAAAGUCAUGUAUUUUCUAUGUCUAUUUUUGUCCUUCUGUGUGUGGUGGUGAUAUUUAAAUGACCACAUUCUUACCUGCACUUGAGAGAUAGAUGAAUAAAAAUGGUCAAAGAAAAUGUUGCAAAGUAUUUAUGCCGUUCAUGUUGCUUGUGCGUCAUCAAAACGACUGUUGGAAAUCGUGUCUGUUGCCAUAGGACAGUAGAAGAAUGUACUGUAGAGGACCUGUGCAUUUCACCUUCAGGUUUUUACGACAAUAUGUAUGUCAGUGUUGAUACUAAAAUUAUGUUGAUUGUUGCAGUAACAGUAAAAAUUGCAAACAUUUAAAGAGAUGCACCCAAACAGGCACACAAGUGGUGUAUAAAUUUGUACAGAUGCUAUAAAUAUAUGUCCUUUUCCAUCUAACUUAACUUUUUGUAGAGCUAGAUGAUCAUGGAGACAGGACUUUUGCCUUAAUGAUACAUACACACCUACUGUAAAAUGUUAUUUACCUGUUGCAUCCUUCAGAUUGUGGACAUGAGUUGUUACAAUCGCCUCAUCUUAUUCUUCACAUACACAGUGCAAUCAUUUCUGCUUUAAUCAUUACAUAUUCUAAGACCACAGCUUGUGCAUUAUUUUGGUCUUUGGCCCAAAGUACAUCCUUAAUAGAAAUUGUUGUAUGAAAAAUAAAGAUUUUAUUUCUUCAA